AAGUUAUUAAUGAAUAGAAUCAAAUUGAACAGUCUCCAACAAAAGGUACAUGAAUUAAUUAGAAUGUAGGUGAUUCCAGUUAUAAGGGAUGGGUUGAAUACGAUUAUAUCAACUCCUAGUGGAACAGGAAAGACUCUCUGUUACUCAAUUCCAAUUAUUGAAUAGAAAAGAUCAAUCGUUCUGACUCCAACGAAAGAAUUGUCAAUCUAAACAUAUAAGACUAUAAGAGAAUUGGAUCCUAAUAUCCGAGUAACCAGAAUAGGGUCUAUUGGGUUGAUUGCUCCAGUAGUUGAAAUGAUUGUAAUCUGAGUAAUUAAAAAAGAGCGAUUUAGAAGCAAAGAAAUUAUAGAAUUAUGCAAAGGAAAGAUUACAGAGAAUGAAUGAUUCUUUGAGAGGCUAAUUAAAUUGGGAUUUGGUUGAUAUUUGUAUAUCAACUCCAGGUUAACUAGCUCAAUUAGUAAAAUUAGGGUGUCCAAUCUAAGAAGUAAAUUGUUUAGUGCUAGAUGAAGCAGAUUUAACUUGGGGGUAUGUUUUUGAUGUUAAUCAUAGUGAUGUAAGUUUUCGAGAGAGUAUAUACACUAUAUAAAGAUAUCUGAAUAUAAAUUAAUUUGUGCUUUGCAAUUCAGUCAACACAAUUAAGGAUGAGAAUGGGAUGAAAUCUGUUGAUGGCAGCAAAUUUACUUCCUAUGUUUCUAAAGAUUUCAUGUAAAUACCAAAAAGGAAAAUAGAAUUCAUGGAUAAACCUCUUUAAGAAUAUUUAGACAACCAGAAAACAAUUAUAUUUGUAGAUGGUGAGAAGGAGUGUUAGGAAGUUUAAAAAAUUGUUGGACCCAGUAAGUUUUUCAAUUCAGGAUAAUCAGUAGAAGAAAGAAUUCGAAAUGUAGAAGAAUUUAGAACAAAUGAUUGGAAGUAUUAAUAAUUAAUAAUAAAAAGAACUUUAAUAUGUACAGGUCUUGGAAGUAGAGGGCUAGACUUUCCAGAUGUCACUUAAAUUAUUAUGUAUGAUCUUCCAAGAAAUUAUGAGGCAUUUCUACUCUAGUGUGGGAGAUUAAGACAGGAAAAUGGAAGAAGUAUGUAAUAUAGUAAUUAUGUAGUUAUUGUGAGAUUGAAGGAUUCAUUUGAGUCAGCUAUUUAUAGUGAAUAUGAGAGAUAUAAAUAUGUAUUCCCAAACAGUUGUGUAAAAUUGUGA